CCUUGAGGAAAAGGUGUUUAUCAAAUCCCUUGGAGCAUAUAACCUAACAAGAACAGAACUCUGCUUUUGGGACCUUUUUCUUCGCAUAUUCUUUGAUUCGCUGCAUAUAUUGAAGACAAUCGAAGUCCAUGUGUCACGCACGAACAUCCAGCGCGCUAUUCCGUACCUUUUCGUUUUCAAUAACGCUACAUCAAGAAUAGAUCUAUAUUUGCAGACAUGAAUUGAUUUCAGUUUGAAACAAGAACAGUAAUUUUUUUUUUCGAAAAUUAAGAACAAUGAAGACUGGAAACAAUAACGAAGAUGACAUACCAUCAGAAGCAUUCUCUCUGUUGCACAAGCUUGCAAGCGAGUGGGAAAAUGACGAAGCAAAUCCCAAGCAAAUAAUUUUAAAGCCUCUGAGUGGCUCAAUGACGAAUAGGGUUCUUGAAUGCCAAUGGAGGAGCCAAAAAGAAAACGGAGGAGACGAAGAAGAAGAUGAUUCCGGGAAGAAAGUUCUGGUGAGAAUUUACGGCCAUGGUGCCACUUUGCUGUUUGACAGGGAGUCAGAGGUUAAGGCAUUCGAGCGCAUGUCGCAGUUAGGUCAAGGGCCGAGGUUGCUGGGUCGAUUCCCUAAUGGCCGUCUCGAAGAGUUUCUCAACGCCAGGACACUUUCAGCACCAGAUUUGCGUGACCCAAGCAUUUCUCAAAAGAUAGCAGUCAAAUUGCAUGAGUUUCAUAAACUAGACAUAGAAGGAUCAUCACAUCCACGACUAUGGGACCGCCUCAGGGAUUGGCAGGAGAAGUCAAAAAGAUUGUCUAAACCAGAAAUAGUUGAGGAGUUCCAAUUGAAUGGAUUGCAAGCUGAGAUAACAAAAUUGAGAAGUGCCAUCUCAAAGCCUGGGGAAAGAGUUGGCUUUUGUCAUAAUGACUUGCAGUAUGGAAAUAUCAUGAUCAAUGAAAAAGAUGGCAACGUUACACUCAUUGAUUAUGAGUAUGCAACUUACAAUCCUGUGGCAUUUGACAUCGCAAAUCAUUUCUGUGAGAUGAUGGCAGACUACCAUACAGGAACACCACAUUUACUAGAUGAAAAGAAGUAUCCAGAUUUUUCAGAACGCUGGAGAUUUGUUGAGUCCUAUUUGAAAGGAUCAGGCGAUGAUGACAAGUGCAAUGUUGAGAAGCUAAUGGAGGACAUCGACCAUUAUGUGCUGGCAAGCCAUAUUCACUGGGGUCUUUGGGGAAUCUUAUAUGCAAAUGUGGCAGAAAUUGAUUUUGACUAUCUAGGAUACGCGAGGGAGAGAUUUAGGCUUUAUUACCAACAUUGUUUGUAGAAUGCAUGCAUUGUAAUAUUCAUUUAGUAUUGUUCCUCUAUAAUUGAGGAAGGCUAUGUAAAUAUAAUGAACCAUACCUAAAUUUAUAUUUUAGGUCAUUGUAAUGAAAGGUUUGAUUCUUCAAGUUCUUGUGGAACCUAAAUAUUUUUGAUAGGGUUUCCUCUUCCAUUUUGAUUUCAUUGGUGAGUUCGAAUAAUACACACUAGCAUCACAAAGGUGCUAUCUAUUAGCAAUUUAGUAUUAUGCUUUUGUCAAAUCUUAUUGAGAUUACUUGAAAAGUUUAUGUAACUAUACAAGGGUCAUCUUGCAAUUAAGGCAAGCCGGUAUUGAUGUUAUGGAAUACGAUUUCAUCAAAUAAUUUUGUUUUCA